CUAGAACGGUCACCUGGACCUCUGAUUGGUUCAGAGCGCUGAUCCGGGUACUGCGCUAGAACGAGCCCAUUAGCUAAAGGUACCAAUAUGGCGGAGGCUUCCCUAGGGAGUUCGAGUCCAGUUGGCUCUUUAUCGUCGGAGGACCAUGACUUUGACCCAACAGCAGAAAUGUUAGUUCAUGAGUAUGAUGACGAGAGGACUCUUGAGGAGGAAGAGUCUCAGGAGGGAGGCAGGAAUUUCAGCUCGGAGAUUGCAGAUCUAGAAAAGGAGGGAAACAUGCCUUUGGAGGAACUUUUGGCCAUCUAUCGCUACGAGGCCUCAGCAGGCUCCAGUAUAGACAGCUCCUCUGGAGAUCUGACUGAUGAGCUGCCUGACAUGACUCUGGACAAGGAGGAAAUAGCUAAAGACCUGCUUUCUGGAGACUAUGAGGAGGAGACCCAGUCCUCAGCUGAUGAUCUGACCCCUUCAGUCACCUCCCAUGAAGCUACAGAUUUCUUCCCUAGAACACUUCGAUCCAACGCUAUCUCUGAUGGUGAUAAAGAGUCAGAGUGUGAUGAAGAUGGCCCAAGCCCAGAAGACUCCAGAAAGGAAAUAAUGGUGGGAUCACAGUAUCAAGCCGAGGUUCCUUCUGGUCUCUGUCACUACAAAGAUGGGGAGAAAGUUUAUGAGGAUGAAGACGAGUUAUUAUGGAGCCCAAGUAAAUUGCCAGAAAACAAGGUUAGGACUUUCCUGUGUGACGUGUUGUCACGGACUACAAAUGAAAAGACGGGAUGUGACAAACCAUGGAUGCAUGUUCGAGAUAAUGAGCAGGCUUUGUAUGAGCUUGACAAGUGCAACUACAACAUCCGCGAAGCACUUGAGAGACACUGCAUCCGUGUAAAGUCCUCAAAAGAAAAGUCACCUCCGUGGUCAGAGGAGGAAUGCAAGAACUUUGAGCACGCACUACAGAUGUAUGACAAGAAUUUUCACCUCAUACAGAAACAUAAAGUCACAACACGAACAGUAGCUGAAUGUGUGGCAUUUUACUACAUGUGGAAAAAGUCGGAGCGCUUUGACUUCUUUGUGCAGCAGAAUAGAUUUGGGAAGAAAAAGUACAGCAGCUAUCCUGGUGUAACUGACCUGAUGGACAGGCUGGUGGAUGAAGCGGAGGGCCUGGCAGUGGAUAGUUCCUCCUCUGUGUGUUCAGGAGCAGGUGGAGGAGGAAGACUGGAGACCACCACAGACCAACAGCUCAGCCUGCUUAACUCCAUCACAGCCAGCGACCUCACAGCUUUGAGUAACACUGUAGCCACGGUGUGCAACCCCACAGAUGUUGGUUGCAUAGACUCCUACAGUUUUCCGCCACUGGAAAGUCUCCAUCGUGGCUCCCUGAACCAUGACGACUCCCUCGGUUUCCCUUCCAAUGGCGCAGACCCCGACUGCCUCAACAUGCUCGACGCCGGCUUCUACCACUCCGAUCUUGGCCAGCUCGGAGGGGUGUGCGUCAACAAGGACUGCGAGCGGCCCUCCAAGAGACUCAAGCUGGCCCUGCCUGACUCCUUUAUCAAUGACGUGUCGGUGGGUAACCUCGGCGUGGACUUCGAAGCACGACGGACAACAACGCACCACCACCGGAUCACUGGCGCCAAAAUGGCAGUGUCUGUCACAGACUUCGGGAGUUUGGCCGGCAGCGGCGAGCCCAAUGGGUUUCUGGGAGCACACGCGCGGCACCACACACAGCACACUGCAGCACUUCAGUCAGAGUGAUCUUCCUCAUCUCGCGUUCUUCCCUUUUUGAAACCCCUUAUCCCACUUGUACAAAAGACUGACCUCACUGGAGAAUCCAAUUUGUUAAAGAAAUAUUAUAUAUGUGUAUAUAUAUAUAUAUAUAUAUAUAUUUACUUUUUUUUGUUUGUUUUCAAUUUGUUUGUGUACUAUGACAUCAGUGAUGUCUAUCAUAUAGAACUAAAAUCUUGAUUUCUCUCAAGAGUCUAUAGCCAUUUAUUUUAUUCUCGUUUCGCGGUCUUGAGAUGUCUAACGUCCAUGUACGGAGGGGCCCAGAGGCUGCAGUAGGAGAGUUGUGUAUCUUACUUCCUCACAUCUUAGAGCUACAGUAUGUUAUCCUGCCAUUCUUUUCAUCUGCCAAAAGUGGCUCAAUUUUCUGCCUCCUAUUCUCAGUAUUUAGUUGCUUGUCUUUGUUGUUUUGAAGUGGUACUUUUUACACUUAAAGUUUUGUUUACAGGUACUUUUUAGUAACCCAAAUGGCUGCAUUAGUCCCCCAAAUACACCUUGCUAGAGCUUGUAUGAAGAGCAACACUAGCAUGGAGAUGAGCUUGGAGUGUGGUGGCGUCAGCUGCUGAGGCCUUCCAGUUUAGUGUAUCUGGCUUCAAAUGUUCUCCUGUGAAAGCUUGUCUUCGGUUGGUCUGCUUGUCUACUUUUUCAAAAUAGCUAAACUUAAAAAAAAAAGUUAAUUUAGUCAAACCCACUUUUUUAAAAUUCUCUGAUUCAUAGUUUGUAACAUUUUUAAACGGCUAAUGAAGAAUACCUGUGCAGAGUAACAUCAUGGGUGUCACCGGGUUUUACAUUUGGAUAUCAAGUUCCUGCCGCUCUAAAAAGGGAUCGGUCAGAGAAACAAACCACAACAGCAAUAUUACAAUACAGAUAUUAGUUAAAUGAAUAGUCAUAUAAACUUUGACAUAAGGGGUUGUAAAGUGUGUAUUUAUUACAUAUCCCUUUUUAGUCCGCUUUAGUUUAAUCCCUUAAAUCAUGCUACUCUAAUGCAAGAUUAGCUGUUUGUGUAUGUGUGUGUGUCCUUUUUAUUUGUAGUAAAAAAUAAUGUCCGAAUAUGCUCUUAAAUCAAGUCAUGCCAUUUUCAGCCCACUUAGCAAGCUGUUAGCAGUAUUAUAUCUUUAUUUAAAGCCACUUAGAUUAUUUUUUUUUUUUCAAUCUCUGCCUAACCUGUAUUGACUAGAGAAUGCCUUGUAUAAUCUAGUCAACAGUUCCUUGGAGUCUAGUAGCAGAAACGGAGCGGUUGUCUCUUGACUGAAGUCCAGAAUUGUGAAUUUUUAAAGGUUUUGCGGGUCGAUAGGAUGCAGUAGUAGUGUUUACUUAAUUUAUCUAUGCAUUGUGCUAUGAAUAAUUAGUUUGUUUCAGGGGUACAUCAUGUUUGUCUUGUCCAUAGAUGUAGUAAUUUACCAUUACGUGUGUACAGACCGGAUUCAUGCUUCGAAACCAUCACGUUUUUAUCAACUAAUUAAUUUUCCAAGCCCAGCAUCGGAGAAGAUAUUCACUUCUGCAUUUCAUGUAAAUAAUUAGCAAAUAGCCUUUAAAAAGUCUAUGAACUGACCUCUUACACUUGUGAAUCUAUGUUGAUACAAAGGUUUUAAUUUGAUUUCUUGUCAAAAGGCAAUAAUUUGUAGAUAUGUACAGAUAUUUGGGGUUUUGCAUUUUCAGUUGACUUGGUGUUUGAAUUUAGUUUCUCUCUUUGGAAAGUCACGAUCCCCUCGGACAGCUGAAACACGCAUGCCAGCUGUGUCCGUUCCCCCAGUGGUAACCACUGAAAACGGCUUUACCUGAAGACUUAUUGAUAUUACUCAAUGUUGCAAUUUUGCCUUCAAAACUUGAAGCCAUGUGUAAAAAAUGCGCAUCCUUCUUUCUUUUUCUUUUUUUUCUUUCAUCUUUUUCAUAUCUAUAUUUGUCUUGACGCUAAAGGGAUGGCUGCUGCCCUAAGUAUGUGGAGAGCUAGUGUCUCUUUUUAAUGCAAUGUGCAUAAUGCAGUAGGUCCUCAAAGCUCUUCUAGCUUUAGCAGUGCAGUGAUAUUUAUUUCACCUGUGGUUUGUACAAAGACUCAGAAAAACUGUCCGAAUGUAAAGGCCAUUAAGUAGUAGAAGUAGGUUUUUCACCACCCUGUGAACUCUCGAAAAUGUGAUAUUUUAUUGAUAUCUCCGGUAUGAGACGUGUGUGUGUGUGUGCGUUUGCGUGUGUGUGUGUGUGUGUGUGUGUGUGUGUGUGUGUGUGUGUGU